AAAAUACCCUGUAGGCUGUGACUUCACACUGGGGUUUUCUGCCUGCUCUGGCAUUCAAACACAUAGGUGGUGGUCUCUAUCACUGCUGGUUUCCCCUUACAAACUGGUCUGCCUCCAGGAACUACAGACAGGGAAGAAGAACAGUGGCUGCAUGCCAUAAAGAAACAUAUGAGUUGGUACAGAUAGGAAGGGUAAAGAGCAGAAAUCAAGAGAAGAAGAAGACGACGAAGAAGAAAAUAAUCUAGAAGUUAAAAAAGUUGUUCCAAAUCAAUCAGAAUGGCAGCCGUGGAAGAACUGGAUCCCUCAAGUGCCCAGCUGGGACUUCAAGCUCUGACUGAAAUCUCAGAUGACGAGGUCAACCUCCCACCCUCAGAUGAUGAAGACAAUGUCCUUGCUGCAGCUAAGAAAGACCAAUCCUCUGAGGGGGACACCAAUGAGGACAAGGACGAAGCAGGGAAGCUGGACCCGCUGGCAAAUGGGGCCACGAUUUUGUCUUUGCUUGACAAGAUCAUUGGGGCGGUGGACCAGAUCCAGCAAACCCAAAGCGGGCUCGAGACCAGGCAGCAGGAGAUGGAGCGUUCAGUGACCAGCAUCCAAGGCGAGCUGACCAAACUAACCAAGAGCCACAGCACCACGUCCAACAGUGUCAACAAAAUGAUGGAGAAGGUGCGCAAGGUGAGCGUCAACGUCAAGACUGUCCAGGCCACGCUGGAAAAGCAAGGGGGCCAGAUCAAGAAACUGGAGAGCAACGAGGCGGAGCUGCUCAAGAGACGCAACUUUAAAGUCAUGGUCUACCAGGAUGAAGUUAAGGUCCCCUCCAAACUCAGCAUCUCUAAAUCCAUGAAGGUCUCUGAGUCUGUGUCAGGAAGCAGAGGAGGUAGUCUUUUGGAGCUUAAAGAAGCUGUGGAAGAUCAUGGGGAGGAAGAAAAAGAGGAUGAAAAGGAAGACAAACCCCAUGUAGACCUCUCAUCAGAUGAGGACGUGGAGAUCGAGACCAUUGAAGAGACCCGUGCUGAACGCAUGAAGCGCAGCAGCUUGCAACGCAUGCAAAACCUCAAGACAGUGUUUUCAAAGGAGAAGAUGGACAGGACCAGAGCAAAGACAAAAGAGAAUCUGGAGAAGACCAAACAAAAAACCAAGGAGAACAUUGAGAAGACAAGGCAGAAAACAAAGGAGAACCUGGAGAAGACCAGACAAAAAACCAAAGAGAACAUAGAGAAAACUAAACAGAAGACAAAAGAAAAUCUGGAGAAGACUCGCCACAACAUUGAGAAGAAAAUGGGAAAACUCGGAACACGCAUGAGCGUGAAUCCUGAGCGCAAACAGAAGAUGAAGACAUCCAGUGACAAGGUGAAGAAGGCCUUCACACCAGACCAUGUUGUUUAUGCCCGUUCAAAGACUGCCAUGUACAAGGUGCCCCCUUUCACCUUCCACGUUAAAAAGAUCCGUGAGGGCGCUGUGGAGGUGGUCCAAGGUACCGAGAUGGUGGAGGUGUCCAGGGAUGUGGAGCUCGUCAGUGGGGAGGAUGUGGAGGUCGACAACGCUGAAGUGGAGGUUGAGCUGGAGAUGAUGAAUGGAGGUGGGGAUGACGAGGAGGCUGAGGCAGAGGAUGAAGAUGAGGAAGACAGCCACGAUGCUUUGCGAGAGAAUGAGGAAAGCGACUAAGAAGCAAGAAACUCUGCUAACAUACCACAAAACCCUUUGAAGCCACACUGAGAUUCAGGUUUUGUGUAGGCGUUGUUAAACCUAAAAAAAAAUUGCUUCCAAACUUUCCACAGAACCACAAUUCAAAAUGACUGAACUAUAAUUUUAGGGUGCUUCACUCCAGUCAAGCCUACUUUUAGUACACGGUUACUUAAUUAGCUGUUCUUCUUAGUUUUUCCAGUGGUGUGUGCGCUGAUGACCAACUAACACAGUAGACUGUCCCCCAGACCAGCAGCUAACAGGAGCAGACGGAGGCUUGCAUCUAUUCAUAGACUUGUUUUUAUUAUAUGAAUCUUAAGUUAAAACCAAGAAAAGUAAGAGCUAAGGUGGGGUUCAUAUCAGUAUUUUCAUUUUUUCUACAAAGUACAAAUUCUAUGCUAAAGAAUCAUAAUUUCAUAAUUUAAAACAUAUUAAAGGUUCUCAUUGCAAACUGUAACAUUAAGUAUAUAAAGCUUAUCGAACACAAAUCUAAAGUGCAGGUCAGCCCUUAAUGUAAAAAAAGCCCUCGAUUAAAUCUUCCGAAAACUAAGUGGAAGCUUGACUCAAAGGACUGGCCUACAUUAGACUGGCCAUAUACAACAAAUAUGACAGAAUAAGAGAAACGUAGAAUCUUGAAGACAUUUAGGUGGACAUAUGAAUGCAACAGAAAAGAGAAUGCACAAGACAGCUGUCACAAUAAAUAUGAAGGAUGAAGCAGGGCCGUGGAGCGCCCCAUCACGACAGAGCUACACAUUCAAACCACACAGCUUUUGCAGAACUUCUACCACUGUAAGUUUACAAGUUCAAAGUUUUUUCACCUCUAGUCCAAUGCUUGAAAUUUUUAUAAACCAAACCUUAUCUCAACUUAGUGGUAUGAUAUAAGAUCUACUUUACAAAUCUGAGUGUAAAUGUGUGCCAAUACAUCAGAACUGUUGGACUUCUCAAGCCCAGAUGUCUCCACCAUGGACAUUGCCACAGUUUCAGUUACUUGGGCUGUUUUCGAUGGAGAUGAUUCUGUUUAUUGGUCUUCUUUACAUUGCAAUGAGUACCUUUAAGCCCGUAUAAAAAGUUUGCAGCAGUUUCUUGAAGUUGAUGGAUAUAAAGAAAGAGAGAAUAUAUUCAGAGGGUGUGAAUUGGAGGCAGUAUGGCGGCGCAGACGUAGAAGAAGUUCGCAGGAUCACCUCCUGGCCUUUCUGGUUGGAGUUUGUAUGUUCUCUCCAUGAGUUUCCUCUGGGUACUUGGGUUUCCUC